AUGGAAGAAGGAACCAAGGGUAAGAAGACCAUUUUCAUUGGGGGUAUCGGGGAUGACGUCGAUGAGACGGUAAUUUUCGAGCAUUUUUCGCCUUUCGGUGACAUCAUUGAAGUACAGCUACCUCCAGCACCAACCAAUCCAUCACGGCCGACAGAAUUCAAACAUCGUGGUUUCGCAUUUGUGACAUAUUCUUCACCUACAGAUGCUCAGGAUGCAAUCGACAACAUGGAUCUCAAUGAGUUACAGGGCAAGGUUUUGAAAGUGAACCAAGCCAAGCCUAUGAAGGGCUUACAGCCGCCAGAUGGGAAUAGAGCUAUCUGGGAAUCAGAAGAGUGGCUGCAACGACACGCGAAGCCAUUAGCACAAAGUGGAGGUGUGCAAGGCCGCACGGCCCAACGAGGCCCUUCUGUAGAAAAAGGCGAAGAACAAGCCAACGACGAAGACGCGGAUGCAAUGGAAGAGUAA